AAUCUUAAGGGAGUGUAUAGAUAGCUUAAGGGCUAAACAUACUUCAUAUGGGUUUGAUCCCAGCCGUCCAUCCCGAAAAGUGGAAUGUGUAUAUAAAGGGGUGAGACCUCACUGUAAAUCAUCAAACAAAACUUUCUUCUUAAUUUUGGCUCUCUUUGAAAGACGUCUUAAAUUUUGUGUUCUGCCUUGUUUCGACACCAAGCGAAGAAAAAAUGGGCCAAAAGCUCCACGCUCUUAUGUUCCCUUGGUUCGCUUAUGGUCACUUUACUCCAUACUUGCAUCUAGCCAACAAGUUAGCUGAGAAAGGUCAUAGGGUUACUUUCUUGCUGCCUAAGAAAGCUAAGAAACAAUUAGAACAUCUUAAUCUGUUCCCAGACAGCAUCGUCUUACAUCCCAUCACCGUUCCUCACGUUGAUGGUCUCCCUGCUGGCGCCGAGACCCCCUCGGACAUCCCCAUCACGUUGUGGAAGUUCUUGAUCGUGUCCAUAGAUCGGACACGCGAUCAAGUCGAAGUCGCGGUUCGUGCUUCGAGACCGGACCUGAUCUUGUUCGAUUAUGCUUACUGGGUUCCAGAAGUGGCAAGAGAGCAUGGUGUGAAGAGUAUGAUGUACAACGUGAUAUCAGCUACAUGUAUAGCUCAUGACCUUGUCCCUGGUGGUGAAUUCGGAGUUCCUCCACCUGGUUAUCCUUCAUCCAAGUUGUUGUUCCGCGCACAUGAUGCUCACGCCAUGUCGUCAUUCUCCGUUUACUACAAGAGGUUUUACGAUCGGUUUACCACAAGUCUUAAGAAUUGUGAUUUCAUUUCGGUUAGGACAUGUGAAGAAAUCGAAGGUAAAUUUUGCGACUAUAUAGGGAGUCAGUACCAGAAGAAUGUUCUCUUGACCGGUCCAAUGCUUCCCGAGCUAGACAGAAGUCAACCACUUGAAGACAGAUGGAAUCAUUGGCUGAGUGGGUUUGGACCAGGAUCUGUAGUGUAUUGUGCACUAGGAAGCCAAAUCACUUUGGAGAAAGACCAAUUCCAAGAACUAUGUUUAGGAAUGGAGCUCACUGGUCUGCCGUUUUUUGUAGCGGUAACGCCACCGAGAGGUGCAAAGAAUAUUCUAGAAGCCUUACCAGAAGGAUUCGAGGAGAGGGUAAAGGGUCGUGGAAUAGUUUGGGGAGAGUGGGUGCAGCAACCGUUGAUAUUGGCUCAUCCAUCAGUAGGCUGCUUUGUGAGCCAUUGUGGAUUCGGUUCGAUGUGGGAGUCUCUAAUGAGUGAUUGCCAGAUAGUCUUGAUUCCGUAUUUGGCUGAUCAAGUUCUCAACACGAGAUUGUUGACUGAUGAACUAGAGGUUGCGGUUGAAGUACCAAGAGAAGAAACAGGAUGGUUCUCCAAGGAGAACUUGAGUGUUGCGGUCAACUCUGUGAUGGACAAAGAUAGUGAGAUUGGGAGUCAGGUGAGGAAGAACCACUCCAAGUUGAAGGAGCUUGUGGUUAGUCCUGGAUUAUUAACCGGUUACACUGAUAAAUUUGUUGAGACUGUGGAGAACCUACUCAAGGAUACAAAACUUUGAAUGAAUUACUUUAACUUGAGAAGAAGUACGUAGCAGUUGUUUCAAAUAA